AUGGGCCGGGAAGGCAGGAAGAAACUAGAGGAAGCUUUGGGCAAACUGGACAUAUCUGAAGAAGAGGCGACCCCUCUGGUGAUCGAUGAUCGCACCGAUGGUGGUCCGGUGAAGUGGUUAUUGGCUGGUAAAAUUCUUCACAGAAAUCUUUUUCACAUCCAUACUAUCACCAAUGCACGCCAAUCGGCGUGGGGAAACCCGCGAGGACUGAAGUUCAGAUCGGUUGGGUUCAACAAGUUUGUGGCUAAAUUUGAGAAUCAAAGGAAUAGAGAUCGUGUCUGGGGUGGAUCGCCAUGGCACAUAAACAAGAACGCCGUGGUGCUUGCUGAGUUUGAUGAUUGCAUGAGGCCAGAUGAACUUAAAUUUGAUCGUCUGCAGAUUUGGGCUAGGGUUGUUGAUCUACCCUUUAAUUUGAGAGAUGAAUCAUGGUGGAGCCCAAUUGCUAAACACAUGGACAAGAAUGCCCAGUCUGUUACGUUUGAUCAUAAUGGUGGUUUUCUGCGUGCAAGGAUCUGCAUUGAUGUAGAAAAGCCAUUCAGGAGAUGGAUUCUAAUUGAUUCGGCCAAGAGGAAGAAAGUGGAUAUGUAUGAUAUUCAAUAUGAGCAAGUGCCCUAUUUUUGUUUCUCCUGUGGAAAGUUGGGUCAUUCAGAUCUUUACUGCCCAACGCCGGGGUCCCGGGACGAGAAUGGUGACCUCCCGUUUGGACCAAAGCUACGAGCGUCGGAGGAUUUCAGGAAGCCAGCGAGUUCAGAGAAUUCUUCCAGGGAUCAUAAUACAAGUAACAAAACCAGGAACUCGAGUACUGCUACAGAGACAGAGGAAGUGAAUACCCCCGUCAAGCAUAGGAAACAGCAGAAGCAUAAAGAUGCCCCGAAUCAGGUGUAUAGGCCGGUUGCAAAAACCACACUGCUGCUUACUGAUGGAGAGGAAGGGGAUGUGGCUGGCGUUUCAAAGUUGGCCAGUGCUGAUGCAGCAUCACAGGUCAGUGGGGAGGAAGAUGAAUUUGCGCGCGAUGACAAGAAGAAGAAGAAGCCUACACCAAAGAAUUCGGCAGAGACCGCGCAACGGUCCUGCCCGUCCCAAUGA